GUCAUUAUCUUGGAUUUGACAGUUUGUUGAUAUUUUUUUUGUGUAUUUUUACACGCAAUAAAAGCAAAUUUUAUAAAUACUAGUUUAAAGUUUAUUUAUAAUUAAAAUAAUGGACGCGUUAAAAGCGGAAAUUCAAAGAAAACGAAAAGAAUUGGAAGAAAAGAAACUAUUGUGUGGCAAGAAAAAGUAUUUUAAAAAAUCGGAUUUUUUAUCAAAUAAUGAUGAAAAAUUACAAACAAAUGGUGUUAAUAGUGAUAAAUUAUUAUCGGUGAAAUCUGAGGAAAAAGUUGGUGUUGAAGAAACAAAUGAACAUUUAACAUUACCACGAAAUGAGGUUAUACGUCGUUUACGUGAACGUGGUGAACCAAUUUUAUUAUUCGCUGAAACUGAACAGGAUGCAUUUAAAAGACUUCGAAAAUGUGAAAUUCUUGAACCUGAAGUAAAUAAAGGAUUUAGAAAUGAUUUUCAAGAAGCAAUGGAACAAGUUGAUUUGGCAUAUGUUAAUGAAAUUCUUGCACCACUUAAACCAGGAAGUAAUGGUUCUAAAGUGGAUGUAAAUAUUCUUGAUGGUAGUGUUAUUACUUAUGAGGAUUUACAGCAAAAAUCAAUAAAAUUAAAUAGAGGCGAUCGUGAAUAUGAUAUGAAUGUUAUAACACAAUUUCUUCAAUAUUUAGUACAAAUGUGGGGUAAUCAAUUGAAUAGUCGUUGUGCUGCUGAAAAAAUGGGAACACGUGGAAAAAUGGCAAGUGCAACAUAUGCACAAACAAGAGAAUAUAUUAAACCAUUAUUGCGUAAAUUACAAAAUAAAUCACUCACCGAAGAUAUUACUGAUAGUUUAACGGAAAUUGUUAAACAUUUACUUGAGAGAAAUUAUAUUCUUGCAAGUGAUGCUUAUUUACAAAUGGCAAUUGGCAAUUCACCAUGGCCAAUUGGUGUCACUAUGGUUGGUAUUCAUGCACGUACGGGUAGAGAAAAAAUUUUCUCAAAAAAUGUCGCUCACGUUAUGAACGAUGAAACACAACGAAAAUAUAUACAGGCAUUAAAACGUUUAAUGACAAAAUGUCAAGAAUAUUAUCCCACGGAUCCUUCACGUUGUGUGGAAUUUUCAAAAAUUUAAAUCUUAAACUAAUUAUUGUUUUUUUUUUUUAUAAAGAUAAAUUAUUUUUCAUUUAAAUUGUAUUAAGAUUAAUUUUUAAAAAGUUGUAAAUUCAAUUUUUCUUUGUGCAAAAUGUAAAUAUGUGAAAUUCAUUUCUUUUAAGAAAGUGAAUUUGUAAUUUCAAUUUUUACAACGAUAGAAGAAUAAUUAAAAAUUGUAUCUGAAUUUUGUUUAAACAAACUUUAUUUAUAAACGUGUUAUAUUCUUA